AUGCCAGCAGAUUACGAGACGUACGACCUGGGCGAUUUCGCCCUGCAAAGCGGCGCGACCAUCCCCAAGGCUUGGAUAGCAUACAAGACCUUCGGCUCGUCCAGCAACCCUGCCGUGCUCUAUCCGUCGUGGUACUCGGGCCUCAUCUCCGACAAUGAGUGGCUGAUCGGCGCCGACAAGACCCUCAACCCAGACAAAUACUUCAUCAUCAUCACGGCCCUCUUUGGCAACGGCCAGUCUAUCAGCCCCUCCAACUCGGACGUCGUGCCCUUCCCAGACGUCACCUUCUACGACAAUGUCAAAGCCCAACACCGCCUGCUCACGGAGAAGCUAGGAAUCCAACACUUGAGGGCCGUGCUUGGCUGGAGCAUGGGCGCCGCCCAGUCGUUCCAGUGGGCCACCCAGUACCCGGAUUUCAUGGACAUUUCGGUUCCCUUCUGUGGCAGCGCAAAGACAUCCAUCCACAACCAAGUGUUUUUGGAAGGCGUCAAGUCCGCGUUGUUGGCGGCCAAGGGGCUCAGUUCCGCCGGGAGCACCUUUGGCCGGGUCGAGAAUGCCCAGGACGCCGUCGCCGUCAAGUCCAAUCGUCAGUGGACCGACCAGGAGAAGGCCACAGGUCUGAAGGCCUUCGGGAGAGGAUACGCCGGCUGGGGCUUUUCGCAGACCUUUUAUCGCCAAAAGCUUCAUGAAUCUGUCUACGGCGCCAAAGACCUGGAGGGUUUCAUGACAGGUUUCUGGGAAACGUGGGCUUUGUCCAAGGAUCCCGAGAAUCUGCUGGUCAUGCUGCACACCUGGCAGGCUGGGGACGUAAGCAAGCAAGAACCUUACAACGGAAACUUCGAGGCGGCGAUGAGGGCCAUCAAGGCGAAGACGUUGGUUUUGCCGAGCCAGACGGAUCUUUAUUUCCCGCCCGAAGAUUCCGAGUAUGAAGUCAAGAAUAUGUCUCCCGGCGUCGGCCAGUUGGAUGUCUACCCGAGCAUAUGGGGGCAUUGGGCCGGUGGGCCGCCGGGGAAUAUGGAGGACGUCAAAUGGCUUGAUGAGCGCCUUGCUAAGCUUUUCGCGGAGGCGCCCAAAAAUGGAUGA